UGCAUCGCAGGGGUUGUGCUCGUUACUUCUAUAUUUAGUGCCUCAUCAGCCCUGCUGGGGGCGAUGUGGUUCUCUUCAAAGCAUCGUCCCUCCCUGCGGGGCAUGUUCAUAUUAUCUAUUAUACUUGUGCCGCUACAUUCCAUGCAACUCGUCACUGGGAUUCUCCUCCUGUUCCAGUACAUCAGUUCUUGCAAUCCGAUCAAUGAAGCGACUGAAAAGAUAUUACGAAGUUGCCACCAUCUAGUCUCUGUUCCGAUUAUCAACGUGUUUCACUUAUUCCUGAGCUUCAGAGCCCUACGGUUGACCUGUGAAUGCUUCAGCUGCCGGCGAAUAAUGCGCCCAAUUUUGCUGUUCUGUUGGGUGAUCACAAUUUUUCUCUGUGCAGCUGAGUCCGCACUAUCAAUUUAUGGAGAAAUUUUAGUGGAGCAGGGGCCGUAAGUUUUUGCUGCUCUUGCUCAUCGUGGCGAUCUUAUACUGUAGUUUCCGUUCCGCCCAUCAGAUCACACGGUCUCUUUCGAAAUCGCAUACUGGCGACAGCCAUGUUCGCAAACACCAUCUGCUUGGUCCUGGGUUUCACAACGAG